GGGAGAAGCAGGCUCCCUGCUGGGAGCCUGAUGCGGGACUCGAUCCCAGGACCCCAGGACCCCAGGGUCACGCCCUGAGCCGAAGGCAGACACUCAACCCAUGAGCCACUGCGCGGGCCAGAGCAUGUGCCUCUUGAUCUCACCGUUGUGAAUUCGAGCCCCAUGCUGGGCGUAGAGAUUACUUAAAAAACGUAAAAAAAUAAGAAGAGGAGGGAGAUUCAGGGGAAGAAAGGAUUCUCAAGGGAGGUCUCUGGAGAUUCACCCGUGGACCUAAGGAGGGCUUUGAAGGCUUAGAACGUUCUAGAAAGGCUCGAGGGCUUACACAGAUGCGGGUCUGCCCAGAACGCACGCCCCUCCCCACUCUGUCCCCUGCAGAUAUGAUCGGCCAGAGGAGCAGGAGCAGCAAAUGCCCCGUGGAAGCAAAAGUGACCAGUGGGAGGGAGACCCUGCGUCUUCGUUCUGGGGGGGCUGCCACCGUGGAGGAAGUGCCCAGCGAAUUUGAGGAGGAGGCGUCCCGGAGGGUGGACGACCUGCUGGAGAGUUACAUGGGCAUUCGGGACCCAGAGCUGGGUAAGGGGCCAGGCGUCCACCAUGGUGGACACCUCCAAGAAGACAGUGAGCGUCCAGGAGUUUGCGCACCGUUUAGACUCCGUCUUGGGCGAGUUCGCCUUCCCGGACGAGUUUGUGGUGGAGGUGUGGGCCGCCAUCGGCGAGGCCAGGGAGGCCUGCGGCUAGUCUGCCCCGGCGCUGAGCGCGGCCCCAGCCCGGAGCCCAGCCCCCUGCCCCAAACCUCCCGGCCGGGUCCCGAAGCCCGGCUCUGCACCACAGCCCGGGCCCCAUCUGAGACCCAGCCCCGCUGCAGAGCCCAGGCCAGCCCUGGGGCUGAGUUUGCCUCUAGAACCCACAGCAGUGUCGACACCAGUCCCAGCUCUGAGGCCAAGCCCUGCUCUAGACUCCAGGCCAGCCCUGAGGCCGAGUUCAUCUCUAGAACCCAAACCACUCCUGAGACCCAACCCAGCUCAGAGACUCAGCCCCCUUCCAGGGCCCAGGCUAGCUCCGAGACCAAGUUCGUCUCUAGAACCCCUUCCAAUUCUCAGACCAAGCCCAGCUCUGAGGUCAAGUCUUGCUCUAGAACCACGCUCAGUUCUGAGACCAAGCCCUGUUCUAGACCCCAGGCCAACCCCGAGACUAAGGUCAUUGCUAGAAUGCAGUUCAGUUCUGAGAACCAACCCAGCUCCAAAACCCAGCCCUUUCCUAGAACCCAAGACAGCUCUGAAGCUAAACCAAGCUCUGAAAUCAAGUUAAGGUCUGGAUCCCAGAUAAGUGUUAAGACACAGCCCAGCUCUAAGACCAAUCCCAGUUCUGGAACCCAGCCCAGAUCUAUGACCAAGACCCGCCGCCCAACUCAGUCUGACACUGGAACUCAAGACAAUCCCGUGACUCAGCUGUACGAAGACACCCGGUCUAGCUCAGGAACUCCCAUUAGUUCUAGAGCCCAAGUCAGACUCAAGAAACAGCCCAGCAACAGUAGCCACACCAGCUCAGGAUUGGAAGAUGGCUCCCAAACCCAACGCUGCUCACGAGCCCAGAUGCAUGCUACAGCUCAGUCCAGACCCAGACCCCAGCCCUGCUCUAAAACCCAACUGCACUCAACUACCCACCCCCAUCCUGGGGCCUGGUCCAGUUCCAGCGAUGAGUCCAGCUCAGAGAAUGAGUCUGGUUUUAGACCCCACCCUAGUGCUACAACCGGGCCCAUCUCCAGAAGUCAGACAAGCUCUGAAGCCCCAUCCACCUCUGAGGCCAGCCCGGCCUCCGGAGCUCAGCUUGAUGCCGAGCCUGGUUCUCACUGUAGAACACAGACCCGCUCUAGAAUACCAGCUAACUCUGGGACCCAGACCAACGUUAAGGCCUGGGCACUUUCCAGAGCUCAGUCCAGCUCAGGGACGCCACGCAGCUCCAGAACGCAGUUCAAUUCUGAAGCACAGACUGGGUCUGAAAUCCCUUCCAGCUCCCAAACACAGUCGGUUGUUGGGACCUCACUGAGUUCCGGAAUCCAGUUAAACUCUGGAAUCCACUCUAGCCCCGAGACCCAGAUCAAUGCAGCAGCAGAUUUAUGCUCCACAAAUCUGCCUCACUCUGAAGGCAGGCCCAGCUCCAGGACCCAGACUGGCCCAGGAACUCAGUCAACUCCUGGAAGUCAGAUCAUCUUGGAAACCCUGUCAACUUCUAGAUACCAGCUCCAGGCCGCAACCCAGGGCAGCUCUGGAGUCGAGCCAGACUUUGGGAAGCAGACCAGCUCUGGAACUCAGCUCAUCUCUAGAGCCCAGCCGAGCUCUGGGGCCCAGAUAAGUUCAAGAAUUCAGCCCAGCUCCAGUACCCAGCCCAGCCUCAGGAUUCACUUUGGCCCUGAGACCUGGCCCAACUUGGAAACCCAGAGCAAUUCCAGAACCCAGACUAUUUCAGAAGCCCAACCCAGCUCUAGAACCCUGAUCAGUUCUGGAACCCAGCUCAGCUCUGAGACCCAGCCCAGUGCAAGAAUUCAGCCCAGCCCUGGAGCUCAACUUAGCUCCGGAACCCAGCCCAGUUCCAGGAUUCAGCUCAGCCCUGAGACUCAGCCCAACUCUGGAACCCAGAGCAGUUCAAGAACUCAGGCCAGCUCCGGAAGUUACCCUAGUUCUAGAACCCAGACUGUUUCUGGAACCCAGUCCAGCUCUGGGACCCAGACCAGUUCCAGGAUUCAGCUCAGCCCUGAGACUCAGCCCAACUCUGGAACCCAGAGCAGUUCAAGAACUCAGGCCAGCUCCGGAACUUACCUUAGUUCUAGAACCCAGACUGUUUCUGGAACCCAGUCCAGCUCCGGGACCCAGACCAGUUCCAGGAUUCAGCUCAGCCCUGAGACUCAGCCCAACUCUGGAACCCAGAGCAGUUCAAGAACUCAGGCCAGCUCCGGAACUUACCUUAGUUCUAGAACCCAGACUGUUUCUGGAACCCAGUCCAGCUCUGGGACCCAGACCAGUUCUGGAACCCAGCUCAGCUCCAAGGCCCAGCCCAGCUCUGGGACCAAGAACAGUGCAAGAAUUCAAUUCAGCUCUGGAAGUCAUGUUAGUUCCAGGAUCCAGCCUCUUUCUGGAACCCAACCAAGCUCUGGGGCCCAGAGCAGUAUAAAUAUUCCACCUAGCUCUGGAGCCCAGCUUAGCUCUAGAGCCCAGUUUACCUCUGAGACCUGGCUCAGCUCUGAAACCCAGCCCAGCUCUAGAACCCUGAUCAGUUCUGGAACCCAGCUCAGCUCUGAAAUCCAGCCUACCUCAGAGACCCAGCCCAGCUCCAGGAUUCAGCUCAGUCCUGAGAACCAUCCCACCUCUGAAACCCAGAGCAGUUCAAGAACUCAGCCCAGCUCUGGAACUUACCUUACUUCCAGGUCCCAGCCUGUUUCUGGAACCCAAUUCAGCUCUAGAACCCAGACCAACUCAAAGAUCCAGCUCAGCUCUACCAAUAGACGCCACCUACAGACCCCUGGCCUUGACCCUAGAACCCAGGCUGAUCUCACUCCCCCCAUCCAAAAUCAGCCCUCAGGCCCACAACCCAGAGCCCUGACUCUGGCCCCGAGCACAGUCUCUCAGCCUCAGCCGCAGCCCCAUGAUCUGGUACAUGGAACACAGGCCAAUACCGGCCUGGGCAGAAGCCCACCAACUUCCCACCUGGCCCCACAGCCACAGAGCCCCUCAGCACCCCAGAAACCAGCGCUCUUCCCCAAGCCCAAGCUAGGACCCCAGAAGCCCACCCCACCCACCAUAUCUGUCAUCUCUAGUUCUGCCCCCAGGGCAGCCGUCCUGCAUUCCCAGCCCCCUGAAUCUCUAGCCCAGAGACUUGUCCCCUCCCCUACACUCAAGGAGUCGAGGUCUGCUCCUUGGGGGUCCGAGCCCCUGCCCCACCAAGGGGAGCUGUAGCUUGAGGGUAACAUAAUGUUGGCUUCCGUGGUUCCCCCAUCCUGUCUCCUGCCCCUCCCUCCCAGCCUGGGUCCCCUGGAGGCAGCAGGUGACCUCAUUACCCAGCAGGUGGGAAGGGGGGGAGUGGGGAGAGUGGAAACAGGGGCUUUAGUUUCACUCGGCCUGGCUCUUGAGAGGUGUAAGCAGAUCCCAGGUCUGUGGAGUGGAAAGCCAGGCGUAUGGCAGAGGGGGGCAUGUGGGCCGGAGGUGGAGAUGUGGGGGGCAGGAGACAAUUUUGUCCUCAUGUACCUCGAGGGCUG